CAGUCAGUUAUCGAUUAGUGGUCAAUUCGCAAUUGUUUAUGAACCUUCUCUUAACUCUUCAAUAAUAUUGCGAUAAUUUUAUUUUACUAACUAGUUAUGUGUGUACUUUAAAAAAUUAUAUUCUCUCGACCUUCGACGAUAAAUCGUACGGUUUUAUAAUGGGUGCAAAGGACAAUUUCCUUAAUUCUUCGUUAGGAAUAGUUCCUCCACGGACCAGACUAAAUCCUAUAGCCUUAACCCCGUACGUAUGGCUCGAGGAAAGAGGAGAAACGGACGGAGCAGAGGGACUGUGGAGGAUUCAUGAUAAAUUGUACGAUUUUACAAGUUUCAUCAACUAUCACCCCGGAGGAUCAGACUGGAUUGUAUUGACAAAAGGAACCGAUAUUACAGAAGCCUUCGAAAGCCACCAUAUAUCUCAUGCACCAGAAGAGAUGCUACAAAAAUAUUACAUCAAGCCGGCGCAAGCCAAAAGGAAUUUCCCGUUUACAUUCCACGAGGACGGCUUCUACAGAACAUUAAAGAGAGAGAUUAGAAAAAGCUUGAAAACGAUCCCAAAGGAAUUGUAUCCUACCUCAGACAUGUACAGCGAUAUUAUGUUCACGGGAUUGUUAAUCUUUUCCCUGCUCUCUGUGAGAUACUGGAAUUAUGUUUUAGCUGUAAUCGCUGGUGUAAUAUUGGGAUUGCUUACUGUAGCUGGGCAUAAUUACAUUCACAGGAAGAGCAGCUUUAGGAUGUUCUAUUUCCAAUUUUCUCUGCUACAAGUAAGGGAUUGGCGCGUAAGUCACGUACUAAGUCAUCAUUUGUAUACAAACACCGUAAUAGAUUUAGAGAUAUGUAUGGUGGAACCAUUUUUGAACUUCCUUCCUAUUAAAAAAAUAUUUCAUGGAUAUUUAUCUGUUGUAAUGGCACCGUUCGUGUGGCUAUUCACUUUCCAGGUACUGUUUUUAUUACGUCUGGUAAAUUAUAAAACUAUAAAGCCCAUAAGCUUGUCAGGCUUACUUUUGCCAAUAUGUAUGUAUAUUUUUGGAACGCAGUCGCUUUUCCAUACGCUGCUAUUAUGGGAAGUUAUUUUAAGUGUUGGUUCAUUCGUAUUUACAGCAAUAGGCCUUAAUGCAGCCCAUCAUCAUCCCGAUGUGUUUCACGAUGGAGACACCCCGAGAUCUCUCGAAUCGUACGAUUGGGGAUUGAAUCAAUUGGACGCUGUCAUGGACAGAACAGACAUAACAGGCUCGGAUUUUCUUGUGUUGACUUCCUUCGGAGACCAUGCUUUGCACCAUCUCUUCCCCACGCUGGACCAUUCUUUGCUCAAACAUUUGUACCCCACGCUGGAGAUGGUUACCAAGCAAUUCGACGUGCAUUUAAGAAUGACGAGCCAAUGGGGCGCCAUUCUCGGCGGAUUUCAACAGUUGAUGAAAAUUAAACCGAAUCCUUUUCCUCCGGAUCUCAACAACAAGAAGUACCUUUUGCGUUGAGAGAAUUGAAACGAAUGGAAACGUUAGAAUAAAAUUUUAUACACUG